AUGUCCAACUUUGACUUCUCUGCCUACACCGAUCUUGUCAUCAAGGCCACCGGUGACAAGGCCUCGCCCCGCGUCAAGGAGGCGAUGCCAAUCCUCAUCCGCAAAGUCCACGAGUUCCUUAUCGAGGCGGACGUUACGACCGAGGAGUGGCUUGCUGCGUGCAACCUUCUCGUCGAGGCCGGCCAGGUGUCGAGCGACAAGCGUAACGAGGUUGUCCUUGUCACCGACAUCCUCGGCAUCGAGUCGCUUGUCAACACGCUCGACCAGACGCGUUCCCAGCGCAAGGGUCUCCCUGACAACGAGGACGCGACUUUCUCGGCCAUCCUCGGCCCAUUCUACCGUGCUGGCGUUCCCGUGCAGGAGAACGGCACCACCAUCAUCCGCCAAGCCGAGGAGGGUGCCCCCUACACCCACUUGUUCGGCACCAUCCAUGACGCCGACGGCAAGCCCUUGCCCAACGCCCUCGUCGACAUCUGGCACGACGCGCCCGACGGGCUGUACGACGCCCAGACCCCCGAGAAGCCCGAGUACCACUGCCGCGGGCGCUUCCGCACCGACGAGAACGGGCGGUACGACACGGUCUGCCUCAAGCCCACCCCCUACCCGAUCCCGUACGACUUCUCUGCGGGCAAGCUCCUCAAGCUGCUCGACCGCCACCCGUACCGUCCCGCUCACAUCCACUUCUGGAUCGAGGCCCCUGGCCACCGCACUCUGGUCACCCAGAUCUUUGACCGCCAAUCCGACUAUCUCAAGGACGACUCUGUCUUUGCUGUCAAGGACAACCUCAUUGUCGACUUUAAGCCCAUCCCCAAGGACUACCAGGCGCCCGCUGGCCUGGAGAACCGCAUGGUCCACGAGCUCCAGCAGGACUUCCACCUCCAGAGGGCUUAA